CAUAAAAAACACCGGUAGACCCAAACAUCCGGACCCAUCUCAAACAAUCCCAAACUAGGUUGAUCACUGCCUUCUCUUUUGGUUGCUGUGGUGCCAGCAGACGACAAACAACAUUCCUUGCGCUAGCUGACCAAACCGACCGAGCGGAUCACGGAACGGUGAACAACAAUCAACAACUCUUGCUCAUACCCAAGGAUACGGACCAAUUGGUUACUUGUUCACGUGCAUCGAAGGGUUCGCAUAAAAUGCGCCUCCGCAGUUAAAACAUGCCUCAGAAAUCAUUGGCUGCAGUAGAAAGCAGACUUGGUAGUGGGAACAUGGAGUCUUCCCCAAAGCUUGAGGGAAACUCCAACAUUGAAAAAGAAACAAAACAGAUUGCAUCAGCAAUGCAUCACCUUCCUAAAUCUGGCCGACAAAAUAAAUGUCUCAGUGCUGCUGCCAACACCUCUGUUUUUACCAAGAAACGAUUUCUUCAAUCUCAAGCUGGAGUUGUUCAACACCCAUACCAAUCAUCUCAUCCUGUUCACUCUCGUUUAGACUUAAAUAUAGCUUCAAGAGAUAAUCUCAGUUCAUUUACCCAGAGAGUCAUGUCUGCCAAAUUGCUCAGACUUAAGCAAUUACAGAACCAGCUAUCAGAGGCUCAUCUUCAGCUCAAUGAAUUAUGUACAGAAAAUAGACUUCUCCGAGCCUUGCAAAAGCGUCAGGAUCUUGCCUUGGUUAGAUAUGAGGGAACUCAAGCCCAGCUUCCCCAGUUGGUGAGAUCACAUCAGGAAGAAGUUAGAAUACUUCGUACAAAAUACAAAAAUUUAAAACAUCAGUGCCGCAGUGUGACAAAUACACUAAAGGAACGUGAGGGAGAACUUCAAAAUCUGAAAGAACAACAUGCCCACCUACUCAAACUUUCUAAAGAUCGGAAUUUAGGCGAUCGAGAAGCACUUACAAAACAAGUAAAUGAGCUCAAGUUGACUGUAGAAAACCAAUCAAAUACAAUCCAGGUGCUCAACCGCAAAGUUCUCUUAGAAAGUAAAAAUUUAAAAUUUCAACUCCACCAAGAGAUGCAGAGACACAGAACAACACAGUCUGAACUCCAACAGACAUUAGCAAGAUUAGAUCAACUUCAAUCACAGUUGGAUCAGUUUAGGGAACGAAGUUCUCUACCUCCCUCAAUUGAUCGGUUUGGGAAGACACCAUCUUUGUCAAGACUGGUUGGAGGACAAAAAUCUUCUCGGGCAACAUUGGUGGAGAUGAAGAGUCCACAAAAUUCAAGAUUCAAGAAAGUCACCAAAAAUAGUGUAACUCAGGGUUCUGUGAACAAUACCGACCCAAGUUCCAUGCAACUGGAUUCUAGCCCUACCACAAACUCUGAAAAAACAAAUGAAUUUUCUACCAGUUUGGAAUCUUCACCAGAACACACUACCAAUGAAAUUAUUGCAAGAGAGAGGGCUCUUCCAUUGCAAAUGUCAACAAAUCCUUACCAAUUCCAUCGCAGUAUUGUGGAAAAGGGUAAAACUGACCUCAAUAUUCAUUUUGAUUCACUCAUAGAUAGUAAAAUUACUGAUGGCAAUUACUCGAAUGGAAGUUUGUGUGAUGACGUCUUAGAGAAAGAAUAUGAAAAUGCUGUGGCUAUGCUAUCAGAACUAUCUACAACGCACAAAAGCAACUUUGUUGAAGAUGUUUCAACAUUACUACCAUCUUUGGAUCUGACCUCAGCAAAGCAUGUAGCUGCUCUUGCAAAUGCCACUUUUGCCUUGAAAGGUGACCCACAAUUUGUUUCCAAUACCAAAUCCAAACAAGAUCAUCGAUCCUCAUCCUCUUAUAAGAAGGAUCUGCAACAAGGAGAAGGUGCUUUUGUGUCUAACAAGAAAAGUCAACAAACUGCUGUCAAUGAGGAAAUGAAGCAUUUGAAGACUCGCAGAGUAUCGGAUUUCCAGCAAGAAAGUGACUUAAGAAGCUCCAGUCAAGACAAAGCUAGAAAUUUGGAAAUGCUAAAAUCAAAAAGUAAAUCGACCGAUAACCUAAUGACUGAUGUUGAACCACCUAUUCAAAGGCAACUUUCUGAAACGGAUGAUAAGUUGGCGAAAACAAGACAGAACAAUGAUGAGGAAGUGGAAUCUUCUCGCAAAGAAGCAUUGCUGAAGGCAUUGAAGGCUAUUGAUGAUAGUUCCAAUCAGGAAAAUGGUUCUGAUGACAGUGACUCUGAUAUCGUGAAAAUCUCAGCCAGCACUGUUAUUCCACAAAGAAUGUUUUCCUCUCUGAAUUCACCUGGCGUUGGGGUUGCCGAUAAAUUUGUAUCCAGGAGAAGUAAACCUUUUAAGUGACUUGUUGUUUUCUUAGCAAAUAUUCUAGUUGUUGUAUUCAGUCUGUACUUUGUUUAUUAAAGAAUUCAUUGCAUUUGGUCAA